AUGGCCAAGUUCGCGGCGGACAUUGGAGACGAGACCGUGCUCAAACAGUCGCUAGAGUGUCUCAAUCUUAUCGACUGUACACCGGAGCAGCUGGCAAUAAUAAGACAGCAGGCGAUCAAUCGUGGACAUCAACAUCUUCUUCAUCUGUUCCCACACCAUGAUACUGAUCCCGCCACAUCCAGAUUUAAUCUAUCGUGGCCAACCUUUGUGUUUGAUAGGUCGAUGGACGUGAAGCUUGCGAGGGUACUGGUCGGACAGAACAAGGAGUUGGUGAGCGCAAUCAUGUACGGUGCGGCUGAAGCUGGACGAGUGGAUAUUGUUCGCCAAUUCAAUCUUGAGGAUGACUUAACAAUUGAUAUCCUUGAAGUUGCUGAUUAUGGACAUCUGGACUUGGUCCGCCAUAUUGUGGACUCACUUGGCAAGAGUCCCAAUGAUCAAUCAAACAUUCUUGAGAGAAUAUUCAUCAAAGCAGCAGAGGUGGCCAAGUAUCUGUUGGGCGUCAUGGAUAAAGACCGAGCUGUGCAGUGCGUAGCCAAUAACAAAGAGAGAGCAAGAGAAGAGUCACAGCUAUUACGAGGAUUUGGACGAUCACGAUCACCUUCAAGGAAACGAGACGACAGUAAAUUGAAGAUGGCGCACCAAUCAACGUUGGCAAGCCUUGACUUCCUCGUGACAGUCAACCUAAUAAACUACAAAAUGGAGAUUCAGCUCCUUGAGAACUAA